GGCGGAAGUGCCCGGCGUUUAAAUUCCUGUUUUCAUGGUUGUACGUGUUUUUAUUUACCUUCAGCUUCAGCAGAGACAGACUUUCGCCUGAAAAGGAUGAUUUGUGAGGGGGGACGAUGCUUCCUCCUCUUCAUGUUUUUGUUCUCUCUAAGUGACUGUCACCGUCACAUGAGUUCAAGGGCUGCAUCCAAUAACGCUGCAAGGAAAGCUUCACAUAUAGCAGCAGAGGUAGCAGGCUAUGCUGAUGUGGCCAAACAGAUCAUUGACCUGGCCGUGUUUGGAGCUGCCCAGAACCGCUCCUACCGACGACUGGCUGACUUCACUGACACUGUAGGGAACCGUGUCAGUGGCUCACACAAUCUAGAGAUGGCUAUCAAAUACAUGUACAAUGCUAUGAUACAGGAUGGGUUGGAUGUCCAUUUGGAGCCAGUUAAAAUCCCUCACUGGGUGAGAGGGAAGGAGAGUGCGGAAAUGGUUGCACCAAGAGUCAAAAGUCUAGCUAUACUGGGACUGGGUAGCAGCGUAGCAACACCACCUGAAGGGAUCAUGUCAGAGGUGUUAGUGGUUCAGUCUUUUGAAGAACUGAAGCAAAGAGCCAGCGAGGCAAUUGGCAAGAUUGUGGUUUUUAACCAGCCGUUUGUGAGCUACGGGGAGACGGUGGCUUACAGAGCUUAUGGUGCUUCUGAGGCAGCAAAAGUGGGAGCUGUGGCCACUCUCAUUCGAUCCAUCACUCCAUUCUCUAUCAACAGUCCCCACACAGGUUGGCAGGAUUACCAGGAUGGAGUAAAGCACAUCCCUACUGCCUGUAUCACUAUUGAGGAUGCUGAGCUGAUGUGGCGUAUGGCACAGAGGGGACAGAAGAUCAUUGUCAGACUCAUAAUGGGGGCCAAGACUCUGCCGGACGCGGACUCUUUCAACACAGUGGCUGAGAUAAGAGGCUGGCAGCAUCCUGAACAGGUCGUCUUACUGAGUGGCCACUUGGACAGUUGGGAUGUCGGCCAGGGUGCCAUGGAUGAUGGAGGCGGAGCCAUGAUUUCAUGGGAGGCCUUGUCACUCAUUAAGGACUUAGGUUUGCGUCCCAGAAGAACCCUACGGACAGUGCUGUGGACAGCUGAAGAGCAGGGUGGAGUCGGAGCACAGCAGUACUUCAAUCUGCACAAGGUGAACCUCUCCAACUUUGACCUUGUAAUGGAGUCUGACAUGGGGACAUUUGCACCAGUGGCUCUGCAGUUUACUGGCAGCGAUGCAGCACGAAAGGUGAUGGAAGAAGUGGUCAAACUGUUGGCUCCCAUUAAUACGACCAAACUGGAGGCACACGGAGAAGGGACAGACAUAUCACCCUGGAUGCAGACGGGAGUACCAGGUGCCAGCCUCCACGUGGCAGACAGUCGAUAUUUUUGGUUCCAUCAUAGUGAGGGUGAUACCAUGACUGUUCAGGACCCUCAAGAGAUGAACCUCUGCUCGGCACUGUGGGCCGUUGUUGCCUUUGUUGUGGCAGACCUGCAGGACAUGCUAGAUAGGUAGCCACAGCACAGAGGAGUCUUAACGUUUUUUAAUUAACCGAUUCUAAUGAUUUAGUACACAAAACAUAACCGCUUUGCACAAUCUGUACAAGACAGACUGCCCAGCCUGCAACAUACAAAUAAAAUGAAAGAUGAUCAGACAGAUAGAAGAUCAUACAGAGGAUCAGAAGUAAAGGCAAUACCUCAUUUUUAUACACCAUGCAGACCAACAUAAAAUAUUUCAUAAACACAUUCUUAUAAAGAGCUGGGAGUGCUUUGCCCCAAGAACUGAUAAGUCAGUACUCCCUGGAUGAUGUCAGGGUUAGUCAGCUAAGCAGCACAGAUAACGUAAUUUUGGAAACACAGAUGUCUGUGUUGAAACAAUGCAGUGUAGUUUUUAGUGUCUGGUCCAUGUUCUCUCCCAUGCCAGAGACUGAUUUACACACAGACAGUUAUUUUAGUGAAGGAUCAGGCUCACGGUGAGUCACACACGUGGAACUGUGACUUGUACAAUUAAAUGCACACAUUAACAUCAAUGUCUGCCAGAUUGGCUGUUAACACUGUAAAGAGGUUGGAAAUUACAUUUCAAUAUGUUUGUGCUUUGUAUAGUAGCUUUGCAGUAUACACUUAUCAAUUAAGCAUAGUGAUUUUUAGUUAUUAACCUGUACUCGCCCUCAAAGAAUUGACCACACAGCCUGACCAUAUGAUGCUUCACUUGAAUAAAUACAGCUUGAAAUUUGUAA